AUGCGUAAGGAGCUGUCAGUGGUCGUACCGACCUACAACGAGGUGGAGAAUAUUCGUCCUCUCGGUGAGCGGCUAUUCAAAGCUUGUCGUGGGGCUGGCUUGACAAUAGAGCUCCUCCUUAUGGACGAUGAAAGUGCUGGCUCUGAGGAGACCAGGAAGAUCGUUAACGUCCUUGCUAGUGAGGGAUACACUAUCAGAAUGCAUUGUCGUAAGACAGAGGAGGGGCGUGGACUGUCCUCGGCGGUACUGUUGGGUUUUGAGAUGGCCAAGUAUGGUACUAUGCUAUGCAUGGACGCUGACCUCCAGCACGAACCUGAGUCGGUUCCUGCUGUGGCGGACCCUGUGCUUAGGAUGGAGGCGGAGUUCACAGUGGGUUCUAGAUACUGCCGUGAUGGCGGUAUUGGAUUUCAGUGGUCUCUUAUUCGACGUAUCAUCUCGGAAGGAGCGACCUUGCUGGCCAUAGGAGUGUCCAAAUCCAGCGAUCCCAUGUCUGGGUUCUUCUGCACAACUAAGGAGGUCUUCAUUCGUGGCUACAAGCAAUAA